AUGGAGUCCAUCUUUUUAAACCUCUCCUCUGAUAUAUCCCUCCACGCGCGUAUCUCUCGACCUUCAACCGACAGUCGAAAGCCACUUCUGGUUUUCCUCCAUUACUGGGGUGGAUCUUCAUCAACAUGGCAUAAGCUCAUAUCGGCUGAUUCACCAACUUCUCUGAGUACUACUCAUCCGAUUCUUACUGUCGACCUUCGGGGCUGGGGCAAGUCUACUGGUCCGUCUGAGGAAACUGGAAACACAUAUUCAAUUACGGCAUUGGCUUCCGAUGUUGCUCUCGCACUAGAGAAGUUGAAACAAGACGUCGGAACGAAGGACCUUUUCAACCACGGCUUCAUAUUCGUUGGUCACUCUAUGGGAGCGAAAAUAGCUCUGACCACGCUAUCAGCCCUCCAUGAGAAUCUGCUCCAAGAAAUAAAGGGUCUGAUUCUAGUAGCACCAGCACCACCGACAGCUCUCAGCCUCCCUCCAGAGAUGAAAGAACAGCAAAAGCUUGCCUAUGAGACCAAGGAGUCGGUAAGGUGGACGGUUGAGAACGUACUCGCAAACCCUAAGAACCUAAGUGAAGACGACAUCGAGUUGGUGAUUCAUGACAGCUUGAGUGGGAAUAAACUUGCCAAAGAAGCCUGGCCUACGUAUGGCAUGGCGGAAGAUGUUUCCGGGGGUGUGAGGAGGGCUCUAGCUUACAUUGGCCACCGUGGUAUUCGGGCGAGUGUACUUGUUGGGGAAUUGGAUGUUGUCGAGCCAAGAGAGCGAGUUGAGACUGAGGUCUACCGAUUUCUUGAUGAGAAUGGUGUCAAAACGUCGUUGAGGGCUAUUGAGGAUGUGAAGCACUUGAUUCCGUUGGAGUGCCCUAGGGUGGUCUAUGAAGAGAUUGCUUUAUAUUGA